UCUUCCGGAAGCGGAGCUGCAGACUGGCGGGUCGGACUGAGCCGGCUGGGCGCCGCGCUGGGCUCCCUCCCCGAAGUAGGGCACCAUGGACGACGCCAGCAGCUCCGCGGGCAACGGAGGCUUCCGCCCGGGUGUGGACAGCCUGGACGAGCCGCCCAACAGCCGCAUCUUCCUAGUGAUCAGCAAGUACACGUCCGAAUCGGUGCUGAGGGAGCGCUUCUCGCCCUUCGGAGACAUCCAGGACAUCUGGGUGGUGCGCGACAAACACACCAAGGAGUCCAAGGGCGUCGCCUUCGUCAAGUUCGCCCGCAGCUCACAGGCCUGCCGGGCUAUGGAGGAGAUGCACGGACAGUGCCUUGGCCCCAACGACACCAAGCCCAUCAAGGUUUUCAUUGCUCAGUCCCGAUCAUCAGGAAGUCACAGAGAUGUGGAAGAUGAAGAACUCACAAGAAUCUUCGUUAUGAUACCAAAGUCCUAUACAGAAGAAGACCUUCGGGAGAAAUUCAAGGUGUAUGGCGAUAUCGAGUAUUGCAGCAUCAUCAAGAAUAAAGUCACUGGAGAGAGUAAAGGCCUGGGUUACGUGCGAUACCUGAAACCAUCACAAGCCGCCCAAGCCAUAGAAAACUGUGAUAAAAGUUUCAGAGCACUCUUGGCUGAACCUAAAAAUAAAGUGUCCGAGUCCCCAGAACAAGAUUAUUACAGCAGCAUGCGGCAGGAGACUUUGGGGCAUGAACCUAGAGUCAAUCUGUUUCCCUUCGUUGGAGAACAGCAAUCUGAAUUUCCGAGCUUUGACAAGAAUGAGAGCAGAGGCCAGGAAGCAAUCUCUAAACGCCUAUCAGUUGUGUCAAGAAUCCCCUUCACAGAAGAACAGCUCUUCAGCAUUUUUGACAUAGUCCCAGGACUGGAGUAUUGUGAGGUUCAGCGAGAUCCUUAUUCAAAUUAUGGUCAUGGUGUGGUUCAGUAUUUUAACGCAGCGUCUGCUAUUUACGCAAAAUACAAACUGCAUGGGUUCCAGUACCCCCCCGGGAAUCGGAUAGGUGUUUCCUUCCUGGAUGACGGAAGUAACCCGGCAGAUCUCAUCAGAAAAAUGGCCACACAGAUGGUGACGUCACAGCUGGCAUCAAUGGUGUGGAGUGACCCAGGUCAGCAGCAAUUUCUGCAAUUUGGAGGAAGUUCCGGGUCACAGGUGCCUCAAAUCCAGACAGAUGUUGUUCUUCCAUCAUGCAAAAAGAAAGCCCCUCCCGAAACGCCUGUUAAAGAAAGACUUUUUAUCGUGUUUAAUCCUCAUCCUUUACCGUUAGACGUGUUGGAGGAUAUAUUUUGUCGUUUUGGUAACCUGAUCGAAGUUUACCUUGUGUCAGGAAAGAACGUGGGCUACGUCAAGUACGCAGAUAGGGUAAGCGCCACCGACGCAAUCACGACUCUGCAUGGAAAGAUUCUGAACGGGGUCAGACUGAAGGUCAUGCUGGCGGACUCCCCAAGAGAAGAAUCCAAAAAGAGGCAGAGAACUUACUGAGCCUUG